UUGAGACGAGUUGACAGUGGAGUGAGUUCAACAUCUAUCAGUUUAUCUGACAUACAGAGAUCACAACUUCCAGUUUGAAAGUGAAUGGGAUUAAACAGUUUUUGCAGAGUGCAAAAUACAGAGUAUCUCAUUGACUUGUUUGUAAUUCAAGUAUUUUUUUAAUACAGGCUACUGUAAAAUUGUUCUUUGAAUAGUUCUGCAUCCGCGUCUUGUGUAUUCUGAACAUCUACUGAAGUUGCGGUGUGAGAGAAUCAAGAUUCAGUGGAUGUGGAUGUGUUAAGUGGCUGCCACUUUAACGGGUACACGGAUUUGGCGUUCUGCAGAGAAGGGAAGUCAAAACGGGUGACAUUCUUUUUUUUUAGGUAACAGACAGAAGUCUCAUGAUCGUUGAAGCCUUAUUUGCCCUGUGAGACAUUGUGCCAUCGGCACUAUCGGCAAACAUGAACUCCAUUAAAUGUGUCCUGGUCGGCGACACUGCGGUUGGGAAGACGGCCCUGUUGGUGCGAUUCACCAGCGAAACUUUUCCAGAUUCAUACAAGCCUACAGUGUACGAGAACACAGGUGUGGAAGUCUUCAUGGACGGAAUACAGAUCAGUCUGGGGCUGUGGGACACCGCAGGGAAUGACGCCUUUAAAGGAAUCCGUCCGCUGUCAUUUCAGCAGGCUGAUGUGGUUCUGAUUUGCUACUCUGUGACUAACCACACCUCAUUUGUGAACAUUCGCAACAAGUGGAUCAAUGAGAUCAGGAGUUACUUGCCCAAAACCCCGGUGCUGGUGGUGGCUACCCAGACAGACCAGCGGGAAAUGGGACCAAACCGCGCCUCAUGCAUCACCCCUGCCGACGGCAAGAAACUGGCUCAUGAUAUCAAAGCCAAAGGGUACUUGGAGUGCUCUGCACUCAGCAACAGAGGGGUGCAACAGGUUUUUGAAUGUGCUGUUCGCACUGCAAUCAACCAAGCCAAAAAACAGACCAGAAGGAAGCUUUUUGACAUACAUCAGUGUAAAAUAUCUUAAAGUUCCCUGUUUGUUUCAGCUACUGAAAAUACUAAAACUGGUAUUUUUUGAAGAUGCCACAUGCCAAUUUAUUUUCACUUAUAUUUGGACUAAUUAACUGUGAGAUCUGGAAACGUAUACACAGACAGUGAACAUGAGCUGUUCAGCUAAUGAAUUAUAUGGACAGUCAGUAUUUGGUUCUAUAAUUUAUUAAUCAAACAUGUAGCUUAUGUUGUAAUUUAUAUACACAUUUGGUUUCACUUCACAACUACGUGUCAAUGCAAACUGUAUACAGUAUUUACAUUACACAUGUAAAGCUGAGGAUAUUGGCAUUUUGCAUCAAGUUUUAUGUACCUUGUUGAAAUUUUGUUAAUAGGAAUAACAGCACUAAUGUGAGUGUGUGAUAUAUUGCAAACUAAUUUACCUGGCAAUUCUGCUUUUUUUGUUUUAUAAUUUUUAAUAAUAAUAAUAAUAAAAACUUAAAUAAACUGGAAAAGAAAAAAAUAGCUUAUUACUAUAUAUUUGGCAUAAUGGUACUAUUAAGUGUUGUAUCCUUUGCAGUUAAACAUUGUUAAAUAGGUUGUUAGCUAAUGCAAACUAAAGUUUGCCAAUUAUUGAAUCAAAUAAAUAAAUACAGGGACCUAUUCACAAAACUUUAAGAACAGUUUCAGGAAUUUUUUUUUGAAGAAUGCUUUUUUUAAAAGAGAGUUUUGUCUUAGAUUAACCUCUGCCAACCCUCACUAUAACAGUAAAAAGGCUUCAUACACUGUACUGCAAAUUUGAUUUAAUUUAUUUAAUGGAAAAACAGUGCCUUGCAAAUGGCCAAUAAAUGCAAACAGGUGUAUUAAAAGAUGAAUUAAAUGAAACACUAUAUGCUUUUAUAAUUGUCCAUCCAUUUCACUUUUUUUUUUUUCAUUUAUAUAUUAAUAUAAAACUUCAUGAUGUAAAGCUAUGGUGGAUAUUCUAACUGUAGAACUUGACCCAGAGCGAGAAUACCUUAUGUGACACUGUAAAAGCUUUAAAGACUGGAGGUAUCAAUACAUACAUAUAUA